GAUGGAACACAUUAUCACUGGUCAGAUAAAAAACACAUUAGUUUCAGCCGUUGGUUUGGAGAAGACAAAGGUUUGGUUGGUGACUGUGUGUAUUUGGACACGGAUGGAUUUUGGAAAGCAUCUGACUGUUUUACAGAAAAAGCAGGAGCAAUUUGCUACUCACCCGGAAUUCAAAUGCAUCUCUUUUGAGUAUCAAGGAUGAAGAUGAAAAUGAUUUUCUUCUUGAACAGUUUGAGUCUUUCAGUGGUCUCGUUCAAUGGAUGUGGUUGGGUUUGUUUAAUGACACCAAUGGGAAAUGAUUCUGAUUUUGGAUGGUCUGAUGGAAGCCAGUUUGACUACCAUCCUUGGGAACAUCAGCCUUCUCAUUCUUUUGGAAAUUGUUUUGCUAUCGACACUAAAGGAAUUUGGAAUCGCAGGAAAUGCACCUCUCGAGGCGAUGGUGCUAUCUGCUACUCUUCUCCAAAAAAAGUGCAAUUAAAGCAAACCGAAACAUCAUCAAAGUGUCCAGACUCUCCUAAAGGAGCAUCGCAAUGGCUCCACUACAAAGAUUAUUGCUACGCAUUUGAUAUGGCAUUUUAUAAUUAUUCCACAUAUACUGCAGACGAAGCUAGGAAAGUUUGCAAGAAACUUGAUCCUUCUGCAGAACUUCUGACUAUCAAGGAUGGAGAGGAAAAUAAGUUUGUGAGCACACACUUGAAAGAUUAUUAUUUUAUUACUGGAAAAGUAUGGCUUGGGAUGCAAUUUAAUGCUAAGUCCUUGAAUUGGCUUGAUGGCUCUGAGGCUAAAUAUACAAAUUGGGCCAAUGAAAGUGAAAAGGCUAAUGGUCAGUGCAGUGUUAUCUUUUCAGCCAAUGGGACAUGGUCCAAAGCAGACUGCAACAAUGAACCAAGCAGAGUUGUUUGCAAAACUCCUGAAGUCUCUCAUCAUUCAAGAGGGGCAAUAGCAGUUUGUGUUAUAAUGGUUAUAGCACUCCUUGUUGGGUUAGCAUACUUCCUGUAUAGACGGAUGCGACUACACUCAUUUGGAUUUACCUCUGUUCGCUAUGAGAGGGGAAUGCAUGAUGAUGAAACUGACUCUAUGUUUUCUAGAAAUGAUGACUGAUAACCAUUUUCUGCUUGGUGUACUGAAACCAAUUUUCAAAUCAGCACCUGAAGCAUCUUCCCAAGAUGCUAUUGACUUCCAUUCUUGGGGUUUAUUGACACCUUUCCUUUUUUCAAGUUUAGGGGGAGAAAGGGAUCUUUAACAACAAUCAAACUUUGCACUUUUCGUGACCUGAGAUUUGCACGUGGUUUGAAGUAUGGUGCACGGAACGAUUCUGACAUUAGAAUAUCCUGUAUCAUUUACCCAAAUGAAGUAAGAUAGCAGAGGGCCAGAGAAUUACUUGAAAUAUAACUUAUUUAAAAUGAAGUGUGUGAUAGCUUAUGGUGUUAAAAACAUUAUAUUUUCAAAGUUAAAAAUUACUUUGAGUCAAGCUCAGCUUUUGAUUGCUAUGUGUAACAGAAUGAGGAAACCUGGGAUUUCUCAUCCAAGCAUAAGCAGGUCCAAACUUGCUUACCAUUUCUGAGGUCAGCCAAGGUCAGUGAGAUAUUGCCAUCUGUUCUGAUACUUUUUAUUAUCCUUCAGAUCUUUUAGGGCCAUUCUGAUUUUCAAUAAAAUCUCUCAAAGAUUCCUUCCAUAUUUAAAACAAAUGUAUUAAAAAUUACAGUAUAUGAAAUAGAUAAAAGCACACACAUGCACACACACGUAUGUAUGUGUGUGUAGAUAUAGUAACUCACUCUCUUAUAUCAAUUUAAAGCCUUAAUCAUUAAAACUGUUUCAAACCAACUCUAAAAUCAUUCAGUAUAUAUUGCAAAAAGAUACCCCCAAAAAUAAAAUAGAAGACUUACAAAGCUGGAAAAAAAAAUCAUUGUUGGUUUUAAACAGACUGAAAGGACAUUUACCCAGCAACUACCAUAGUAGUCUUUGUAGUUCUGAAGUAUUUUCAAUCUUAAGAGAGGCAGUAAAACUCCAGUGUGAUUAAAAACAUGAGGUUUGAUCAAGCCUUGCGUCCUUAAGGUUUCAUUUGAAGCUCAAAGGAGGGUAGAAGCCAGAACUCCCAGCUGCUUGCAAGCAGCUACAAAAACAAUGGUUCCUAUAGAAUUCAGCUGACUGAAAUACAUAUGGGCAAUCUCCAUCUCUCUCUUUCUUCCAGAGAGAAUUUUGACAGUCUGGGUCUCUCAAAGUGCCCCUGUAUCCACGCAGAGUAAAAGAUAUUGCAGGUAUUGGCUUGGUUUGCUGCAUUGGAAAUCCCAGAGUUCUUCAUUUUGAUCAAAGUUACAAAUUAGAUUUGGAUUCAUUUACUGUAUUAACUUUUAAAGCUUGACUCUCAUAUUUCCUGUCGCUACAACAAAACAAUAGCAACAAAUUAUUGUCGGAUUUUAUGUUUCUUAGAUUUUUCUCCUGGGUUUCCGUAUACACUGGAACAGGUUAACCUCAGUUCAAGGGCUAAAUGAAAGUUUCAGAACCCUACUGUCCAUUCACUAUCCCAGAUUCACGAAUGGAAGCGUGUUGCGUAAUGUAAAAGUUUUCACAUUGGUGAUUUUUUAUUAUUUAUGCUAAACUUAAUAUUUUUCAAAAGAGGUACUACUAAGUAUUUUCUUUAUUUGUAUUCAAAAUUAAUCUAAAGUUUUAUUCACAAUCAGAAAGCUUUACUCAUGCUUAAACUAGAGCAUCCAUAAUGUUUUGUUCCUGUCUGAUUCCAUAGCACUGUAUUGGUGAUUUCUCCUAUCCAUUCAUGCCAUCAACUUCCUCAUUCUUUGCUGCGGAUGGCUUUUUCUGAUGGUACAUGUAACAUGGAACAAUUCAACAUAGAGUAAACACAACAUUUUGUCAGACCUUCGUAAAUUUUAGAAAAGUUAUAAAAACCUUCUGAUUUCAAUAGACUUUCCAAAGAGGUGGUUCAGCUGAUUUUAAAGCCAAAGCAUUUCGUGGCAUUAGGAAGACUAGUAAGAUUUGUUAGCCUUUAAGGUGCCAAAAACACAUUCAGUUUUAUUAUUUGAUUUGUAGCAUUUCUUAAAUGUUUCCUUUAAUGAAACGCACCAGAGAGAUAAUUAGCAUCAACCUCUGAAAACACAGAGAAAUGCCAUCAGAGAUUACAAGGAAAAAAUAUUGGUUUAUUGCUAAGUUAGCACUUUUAUUGCUAAGUCAGCUCUUUUAAAAGAUAGUGAAUAUACAUCCCUGGAAUUAGUGAUAUAUACAGAUCUUUUUUUAAAAAAAUCAAGCAUGUUUCCUAUUUCAUACACGAGGAAAUGCACUCCAUAGCAUUUAUUAAACAAAUGCUACAUGUGCCCUUUAUGAAAAUAAGGAUGUUUUGUGUGCCUUGAAUGCUAUAUUUUAUGGUUCCUAUGUAAUGGAUGUACAGUUCUAUGCACAAAGAGAAGCUCAUGGCGUAGUUUUUGCCUUGCCUUGUAGCAAAACAUAAACUCAAGCCUACAACUAACUUACUUUCCAAUUCUUCUUUUUCAAGACAGUUUGUGUGGUCUUUAUAAACUAGUACGUAAAUACAUCCUUUUCUCUAGAGGUGAACAUUUGCUUUUAAUUUUUUAAAUGUUUAUAGUUUUAAUAUGUUUUUCUGUUAUUCUAUUAUUACUGAUACUGUUUUAAUUCUUGAUGGAGAGCAGCCCAGAUUUGGUUGUAAGAUGGGUGGUUAUAUAAAUGUUUUAAAAUCUGGACAGAAAGCCAACUUUUCUGCAGUUAAUUGCACUGUUUUCUAUAUGUUCAUUUUUGCACUUGACUUUUAACAACGAGGAUAUUUUACUAUGACCUUUCCAAGGAUGUCACCACAAUGUGUGUGAGGACCUAAUAAAGAAAAGAGGUAGUUUGCACUGAAGAAGUGAUGGCUGUUCAUUUUUUUUUAUACCACUUGUAAAGAAAUGCCUGAAUGCUUGUUUAUGCUCUGUGUCAGGAGUCCAAGGGACAAGAACCCUAACCUAAAACUAGAUAUAGGAGAAGUGCAUUAAGGAGAGAUAGGCCAGUGACCCUGCUCUUGUUGCAAUGCCUGAUAGAUAAUGCCUUAUCCUGGUGCCAAGGGCACUCCAGAGAGCUUUUCUAGUUUCUGCUAGCUGAACUAGGAAUGAGUAGUCUGCCAAAUAUUGCACCUUGAGGACAUGAGGAUUGAUGUAACUUUGCAACAAGAGCCAUUUUAAGGAACCACGUUGAAGAAAAUCCUAACCAAAAGUGCUGAAAUGACUGUGAUGUAGUUCUUAAAUUAACAGCCUAGUUCAGCCUGGAUACAGUCAGAGGGGGGAAGACACCCUUAGGCUAUGUAAGGAAGCCCUGCUCAGAAAAUAAAAAAUGCCUUUAUCAAAGUUUAUAGCUGAUAACUACUUUUGUAUACUGUUUAAACAACUUGCCAAGGAGGUAGUUGUUAAUCUCAUCUCAGUCAGACCAGUCAGCCACUAAAUAGCAGGACUGAAAAAAAGUCCCCAUAACACACCCUUGCAAAUCACAGAAAAGCAGGCCAUUUAACAGUAUGUUAAGGUCAUAUUUUCACAAGGCUUGAUUAUCAUGGUCAAGAGAUAAAGAGUACGAGAUAAAGAGUUUAAAAGCAAGUAGUAUUUUGUGUAUGUAUGUGAUGUUCUGUUUAGUACGUUUGUGCAACCCUACUUACAGAAGGUUAUUUUGCACUCACAGGCUAUUUUAAUGUGAAUCUAUACAUAGAAUGGGGCUAUUCUAUCAUUCAGCAUAGAAAUAAACAUGAGCGAAAUAUUCCUCUGUUUCUAUAAAGGAUUUACAGUCUAAAACUUAUUUUGUAAAUGGUUUUAAUUCUGAUUUUGAUUUUUUUUUUCAAUACAAAAAUAUACUUGGACAAAUGGAAAAAUAUAUGUGAACAAAUACAGAUGCCUUAAUGUAUCUAAUUAGCUCUCUUGGAGGGAGUUUGCAGUGAAGCUUACCUGUGGUGUUGAUAAAAGAAACAGAAGAUUUAUAAAAAGCUUCAAUAAUUGCUAGAUUUGGACGUGUAAGAAAAUUACAUUGAGUGAGUUCUUCUCUCCUUAUUAAAAUAUUUUUUAUGCUUCAUUGGUUUUUUUUAAAUCGAUGUCAAUAAAACUGUUUAAAAAGUCA